GCCACAGUGCGCUUGCGUGCACGUGGCUCCGCCCCUUUGCCGGAGCCGUGUUCCCCAUGCCGCUGGCACGCUUAGCAGGUAGGGUGCUGCUCUGUUUCCUGCGGGGAUCCGCUCCUACGGUAGCGCGCCAUGGCCUCCGGAAACCGCUACUGGAGAGGAGAUGCGCCGCCGCCGCCUCCUCCUUUCAGCACCCAUCGGGCCUGGGAUGUGGACUUUCUCGUGGCUCCACAGCAACCGGGGGUUACGGCGGAAGCACUGACGAGGAGGAGCAUUUUCUGUUCCCCGAGUACGUCCCGGAGCCGGAGCCCGCACCGACCCCCGAAGAGCAACUGCGGGAGCUGCAGCAGCGGCAGGAGAAGGAGGAACGACAGAGGCAGCAGCGGCGGGAGGAGAAGCGACAGCAGAAGCUACGGGCCAGCUGCCGGGAGCACCUGGUCGUGGGGCACUCGGACCCGGCAGUGCCGCCCAGUGGCGUCAACUGCUCGGGCUGCGGGGCAGAGCUGCACUGCCAGGACCCCGGCGUGCCCGGCUACCUGCCCAGCGAGAAGUUCCUCAGCGCUACGCAGGCGGACGGCGGGCUGGCGCGGACCGUGUGCCAGCGCUGCUGGCUGCUGGUGCACCACCGGCGCGCCCUGCGCCUGCAGGUGAGCCGCGAGCAGUACCUGGAGCUGGUGAGCGCCGCGCUGAGGCGGCCCGGGCCCGCCUUGGUGCUCUACAUGGUGGACCUGCUGGACCUGCCCGACGCCCUGCUGCCCGACUUGCCCGCGCUGGUGGGCUCCAAGCAGCUGAUCGUGCUGGGGAACAAAGUAGACCUGCUGCCCCAGGACGCCCCCGACUACCGGCAGCGCCUCCAGAGGCGGCUGUGGGACGAUUGUGCCCGCGCCGGGCUACUACUGGCCCCUGGCCACCGAGGGCCACAGAGCCCUGGUGGGGACGGGCCACGGGACGGGGAGGAGAAUUUGAAUCGGUCAACCAAGGCCCGCUUGGUGGUCAGGGAUGUGCGGCUGAUCAGCGCCAAGACCGGCUAUGGAGUCGAAGAGUUGAUCUCCGCACUUCAGCGCUCCUGGCGUUACCGCGGCGACGUCUACCUGGUGGGCGCCACCAACGCCGGCAAGUCCACUCUCUUUAACACGCUCCUGGAGUCCGAUUACUGCACCGCCAAGGGCGCAGAGGCCAUCGACAGAGCCACCAUCUCCCCUUGGCCAGGUACUACAUUAAACCUUCUGAAGUUUCCUAUUUGCAACCCAACUCCUUACAGAAUGUUUGAAAGGCAAAAAAGACUUAAAAAAGAUGCAACUACAGCUGAAGAAGAUCUUAGUGAGCAAGAACAGAAUCAACUUCAUCUCCUGAAAAAGCAUGGUUAUGUAGUAGGAAGAGUUGGAAGAACAUUCUUAUAUUCAGAAGAACAGAAGAAUGAAGUUGUCUUUGAAUUUGAUGCUGAUUCACUUGCCUUUGACAUGGAAAACGACCCUGUUGGGGCUGCAAACAAAUCCACCAAACAAGUAGAAUUGACUCCACAAGAUGUGAAAGAUGCCCACUGGUUUUAUGACACCCCUGGAAUUACGAAAGAAAAUUGUAUUUUAAGUCUUCUAACAGAAAAAGAAAUAAAUAUAGUUUUGCCAACACAUUCAAUUGUUCCAAGAACCUUUGUGCUUAAGCCAGGAAUGGUUCUAUUCCUGGGUGCUAUAGGCCGCAUAGAUUUCCUGCAGGGAAAUCAGUCAGCUUGGUUUACAGUCGUGACUUCUAACCUCCUCCCUGUGCAUGUUACUUCCUUGGACAAGGCAGAUGCCAUAUAUAAAAAGCAUGCAGGUCAUACAUUACUGCAGGUUCCAAUGGGUGGAGAAGAACGAAUGGCAGGAUUUCCUCCUCUUGUUGCUGAAGACAUUACAUUAAAAGAAGGACUUGGAGCAUCUGAAGCAGUGGCUGAUAUCAAGUUUUCCUCUGCAGGUUGGGUUGCAGUAACACCUCACUGCAAGGACAUACUGCAUCUCCGAGGCUAUACCCCUCAAGGAACAGUUCUAACGGUCCGGCCCCCUCUCUUGCCACAUAUUGUUAACAUCAAAGGACAGCGCAUCAAGAGAAGUGUGGCCUAUAAAACCAAGAAGCCUCCUUCCCUUUUGUACAAUCUGCGGAAGAAGAAAAAACAGAUAAAUGUAUGAAGCUGACCUUGUUUGCACUAGAUAUUAACUAUAUUAGAUAUAACAAUAUACAUUGAAAUGGUAUUAAAUAUACCUAUAAUAAAGUCCUCCCCAUUCCCACCCUUUUUAAAGAUCUUCACAGUGACCUUUUUAAACUAUUUAGGACUGUGCCUUUUUGCAAUGUAUUGAGCUUAUAAAUACAAGUGUUUUUUUGUAUGUAUAUAUCUGUGACCCAAAUAUACAUAAAAAGGAGGCCUGCUACAUUCAAAUUUCUCCCACUACCAUUUUCCUUUUUUGAGACCAGA